AUGGCUAUACGAACAAUUUAUGACAACAUCCUUCUCGCAGCAAGCUUGUUGAGGCUCCCAAGUCUCUCUAAUGCAGCAGGCUGUCCACCAUCUGGACCUCUUUUACCCCGUCCGACGACUCUCCACACCUCCCCAGCAAUCCAAAUCGCCACGAAAAACCUGACCUCUUUCUUCGACUCAGCCGUAUCCGGCAAUCUUCAAGCUCCCUGGGUAGUCCCCAAUGUUUCCUUCUCCAUCGCUGUCGUUUCCCUUGACACACCAGACGCACAAACACCAUUAUGGGAAUACCAUCACUUAGCGAGUGGCAACGUUGACGGUACGAAGAACGUCGAUGGAGAUAGCCAGUACUUGAUUGGAUCUAUCUCGAAGCUGGUCACUGGUUUGAUCUUGUUGAGAACGGGGUUGAGGGUGGAUGAUCCUGUUACUAAGUAUUUGCCGGAGUUGGAAAGUGCAGACAGCCCAGUGAGGUGGGAGAAUAUUACCCUGGGGUCAUUGGGAGACCAUUUGUCUGGGAUUCCAGCUACUUUUGGCUUUCCGGAAAUCUACGCUCUCGUUCCACUCUAUCAGCUCCUUGGAUUUCCACCACUCCCUGAGUCAGCAUUCCCAGACUGUGGAAUCAUUGGGUUGCAUCCAGGAUGUACGAGAGAACAACUGCUGGAGAACAUGAAAGAGAUCCAUCCAGUUUCAGCACCUUUUCUCCGACCCAUAUACUCCUCUCUUUCAUUCACAAUUCUCUCUUACGCUCUUCAAAACGCAACUGGUCAAAAUUACACCCAGCUCCUAAAAGAUCUGAUUGUCAAGCCUCUGAACUUGACAAACACUGGUGUCUCACCUGGUGACGAUGAUAAAGCUGUCAUUCCACCUGUUCAGAAUUCUUGGGGGUCUGACUAUGGUGAUAAUGCCCCUGGCGGUGGUCUAUUCUCAACGACACACGACCUAUCUAGACUUCUCCUGGACAUAUUGUCCCCAAAUCCCAGACUUCUAACCCGCUCCCAAAUUAACGCGUGGCUCAAACCGCAUUCGACGACAACGGAUAUCAGAACGCUCAUUAGCAUACCUUGGGAGAUUUAUAGAGCUCAAACACUCACCUCGACUCAUCCACAUACCAUAGAUGUAUACACAAAAAGUGGAGCAGCAGUCGCAUAUGCAGCAAUACUCGGCGUAAUCGAGCAAUAUGGACUAGGGUUCAUUAUUUUGACCGCGGGUGGGAAGGGUGUCGAAGUCCAGAAUGCUCUGGAAGGGGCGCUCAUGAGAGUGCUGAUGCCUGUUGUCGAAGAUGUUACUAGACUAGAGGCUUAUGCUUACACCGGCAACUACACGAAUACUUCAGAUGACGUCGAAGCGAGCUUGCAAAUCACAAUUGACGAUGGACCGGGUUUGCGCCUGACUGAGUUGACACGUAAUGGCUCGGAUAUCUUCGACGCAUUUCACACCAUCUGGGAUGCUCAACCCGUUGGACUCGGAAACCUGACUGGCGAGUACCGAUUGUAUCCUACAGAUGUGUCCAAAGAAUUAACUGUGGACGGAAAGGUAUUGGUAGAAGAGGACUGGAGGAUGAAUUGGGAUACGACGGUUGCGAAGCCGGAGUCGGAACUACCGCAAUGGGAGGAGCUAGAAGAGUUUUGCACGUCGUGGCAGACGAGUGAUGCGAUUGUUUAUGGAGGCGAGUCUGCGGACAGGUUCAUUUUUGUCAGGGAGAAGACGGGUGGUGCAGUGGUGGAGAUUCGAGUGCCAAGUCUUAGGUUGAAUCUGACAAGAGAAUGUUAG